AUUCAAGUCUCUGGAAGGAUUUUUCUGAAACCUGUCACCAACAAUUCAACCCUCCCCGCGGUUAUGAAAGAGACAGGUCAUUUCUUCCAUUCUCGAAUACCAUGUAAAAUGAAACAUCGGAAGACCCCAGUGGUUCGUCAUGGCGUCGGCCCGCAUCCUACGCCUGCACAUCCCUCAUCCGAUUGGUAUAGACGCGCGCCUCUGAUAUAACUUCACGACAGGGGCCGACAGGGAGUACCUAGGUGUCAAUUCAACCGCCAGCCUUCCCAUAUAUAAUCGUGUAUUAUUAAAAGACCAUGAAACUCGGCAUCAUGAUUUAACGAUUAGAAACAUGAGCUCGCACCAAGAGGUUGUCAAUUUAUUUGUCUUAUAAGCACACGAUCAAAAUGGCCGAUAAUGCACGCAGGUUCGUGCAAAAGAUCGCCAAGAAAUAUGGCUACCUAAGGGAGGAGGUCUACUCCCGCAUGGAUGCUGAAACUCGUCGUGACGUUCAAGAAGCAUUCCUCAUAAUAGAGGAGAUGCUAGGUUUAAGUGUCAUAACAUUAGCGAAAAAUCUAUAUUCUAAGGAUGUUAGAUUCAUAUUCGAGCUAUUGCAGAACGCAAACGAUAAUCACUUCCAACAGGCGAUAGCUUCUGGGGCCGAACCAUAUGUAUCAUUCGAUGUUUUCAGGGACAGCAUCGUCAUUGAUUGCAAUGAAGAUGGAUUCAACGAGAGUAAUAUACGAGCAAUAUGCAACAUCGGGAAAAGUUCAAAGACGGGAGCUCAAGAUUACGUCGGCGAGAAAGGCAUUGGCUUUAAGUCUGUCUUCAAAGUCGCCUGGAAGGUCCAUAUCCAAUCUGGUUAUUAUUCUUUCACUUUCACACACCGAAAGGGGGACUCCGGGAUAGGGAUGAUCACCCCAGUGUGGCAGGAACCAACAGAACAACUAACGGCGCCCUUGACGAGAAUGACAUUAUUUUUGCAUGGCGACGAUGCUGAUGGGGAAGGAACGACGCAACGACAAAGCAUUCUACAGCAAUUAAACGAGCUUCAGCCUGCUAUGCUGUUGUUUGUAAAGAAUCUAAAGCGAAUCAACGUACGCAUUCACAACGAAGAUGGAAGCGUUAUAUCAUCAUUCCUCUCGGCAAGAAACACUCUCCAAGGCAGUCAUCGCUUGCUCGAAAAAGCGCAUAUCGAAAAUGGGCAAACGACAUAUACGAGACAGAAAUACCACGUUGUUGAAUCCCUGGCACGUAACCUACCGGGGAAUGAAAACAGGGAAUACACAGCUCAGGAAGAAGCGACGAGGGCUUAUAGCAACGCCCCAGUCGUCCUCACAUUUCCUCUUACGGAUAGCGAUGAACCACUUAUCGAGCCACAAGAAGUAUUCGCAUUCCUUCCCGUACGUCGGGUCGGUUUUAACUUUUUGAUACAUAGCGACUUCGUCACCCAAGCAAACCGAGAAGACAUCGUAGCUUCCUCGCCCCGGAACAUUCGUCUAUUAGAUUCGGUUGCAGAUUCUUUUAUUGUUGCGAUGAGAGAAUUUUGCCAACACCAGACUUUGAGGUAUGAGUGGAUGAGGUAUCUACCAACGCUGUCGGGCUAUCCAUGGGAUUCGUUCUGGCAAAGACUCGUAGAUAAGAUCAAGGAUCGCAUUCAAAACGAAGAAAUGCUAUAUUUACGCAACUCUUCUGAUUUAAGAAGAAUAAGCGAAGCCAACCGACUUGACCCUGACGAGUGCGAUCACCACGGGAACCCCUUAUUUGACGAUUUACCGGGGGACGAAGCGUGUUAUAUCUCACCUUAUUAUUCGGAUGAAAAUCUUGAUAUUUUAGAGUCUUAUGGACUUUCUUCUAUGUAUUUCGAGGAUUUGAUUGAAAGAGUCAGGUGGGAUUUGUUGAGUCCUGUAUCUAGAAUGCGUUCUGAGACUGACAAUGCCUGGCAUGUUCGUGCUGCUGAGCUUCUAAGCCUUCCCUUCGAAAACGGCUGGAGCGACAUAGUAGCAGAGGUAAAAGAGCUACAACUCAUUCCUCUUCUUGAUGAAACAUGGGUGAGUCCGAACGGAGUUGCUACAUAUUUCGCGACUACUCGUGGUGGCCUGCCGAUCCCUGCGGAUCUUGGAGCGCGUCUGGUUAAGCCUGCCGCGGCGCGAGUGCCAGAGAGAAAAGAGUUGUUCUUUCACUUGGGAGUGAAACACUUCCUAAUUCACGAUGUCCGCAGUUCCAUUUUACAAAGAUAUCAAUCUACAGGCUACCUUGGGAUAAAUCACACGACUUCGCUCACUCACCUCAAAUUCCUUUAUCUUACGCAUACCAGCAGUCACCCCGCCAGCACAUACUCCAGAUUGGGUUUAUGCAAUGCCGACGGAGAAUUAUAUUCGCUCUCGCAGAACACGUUCUACCUUAUAGACACGAAUCCAUAUGGUCUUUCGAAUUUAGUCGCCAAAGUUGAACCCGAUAAACGCCCAUCGUGGCGGAAUAUACACUUUUUGCACAGAAGUUACUUCGAAAAUAAUCCCGAUAAAUCCGACAAUCAUGACUUAACAUGGGAACAAUGGCUACAAGAGUGUUUAUGCGUCCGCUUGUAUCCGAGACUUGUCAGUCGGGAUGGCUCGACACUGUCGGGUGAAUUGCAAUUCGUCUCACAAUCACUCCCUUCAGACUUUUUAGGUUUCCUUAGAUAUUGUUGGGAUUCAGAAAAAUCGCGUCUGACACCGGGGACGAGGAAUGGCGUGGGGUUGAUCAAGGUGCCAUGCCGGGGUGGUCAAAUGAUCGCUCUAUGGGACACAUACCUCCCAACGACCGCAUUGCUCGAAAAGCAUGACGAAUAUAUUAGGUAUGGGGAGCUAUUCCCUUUUCUUCAGAUCAGUAAUGACCCUGAUCAACUUUUUCGAUGGGACUUCCUGAAAGAUAUUGGGGUGAAGGCCGACGCCAACCUAGACUUCUACUUCGAUAUGCUUAACUGCAUGGAGGAAAAUGACAGUUUUCCGUCCAAUCUAGUUGACCCCUCUCGUGUUCCAAACUUAUAUAUUCGUCUUCAUUCGGAAUGCACCCACUCAGAUAACGCUAUAAGAGAAAGCAGACUAGCGAAAAUACGGGAAUAUUUUAGGGAAAAUUAUGCCAUAUAUUUACCACAGUGUGAUGGCUCUCCUCCGUCUACUUGGGACUCGUCAGAAUAUAUUUUACUUGAUGGCCCGGUUUGUAUGAGAACCACACCCCCAAUCUACUCAUUAUACCUUGCGGCGUUUCCAAGUCCCACCUUCGAUUUACCCAUCCUCAAGAAGUUCUUCAGCGAAAUUUUGCAGCUUCCAAAAUGCACAUGGAAAAAUGUUGCGGAAGCGGUUCAAGAAUGCAAGACGAAUAAUUGGCCUGUCGCCGAAAUUAAGAGUUUAUACGAAUAUUUGAGGGGUACGAAGAUCUCUGGCACUGCUUCUGAGCAAAUAAAGGAGAUGUUUGAGGAGGAUGCUUUGAUCUAUGCAGAUAUUGGCAACCAGAAGUGGUUUAAGCCAUCUGAGUGCCUGUGGUCUGCCCCAACAUCGAUUCGUGGUAAAAUCAACUUGAGCACAAUCUAUGACGCCGAAAUGGAGAAGUUUUUUGUCGAGAAGCUUGGCGUCCAAAGGCUUGAUGGUGCCGUUGUCUAUAACGAGUUGUUACGACUAAAUGUGGAAGAAGCCAGCGUGGACCAAAUCAAGGAUCUCUUUUGGACGCUCAACUCACAGCUCGAGCUCGCUCCCCUGAACAAGCCGGCAGAGGAUCUACUACAAAAACCUAUCCUCCCGAUCCGAAACUGUAACGGCCAGGUAACGCUCAAUUCGUCGGAUGUGGAGUUCGCUAUCGUUGACCGCGACCGUCUUCAUGACAUGUUUGGUGGUAAAAUGAAGCUUCUGGAUUUCACCAAGAACGAGAUCUGCCAUUUAGGUGCUCUCAUAAAGUGGGCAGGUCUCGAAGAUCGGUACUUGUCGUGGAUGGUCAAAGAAUCCUCGGACUUGGACUCGGGCGUCAAAAUACCCAUUUCCGACCCAACUCAAGACGUCAGCAAAAAGGCCUAUGGGCUAUUACGCAUUGCAACACAUUUCAAGAGCCCCCGAAUUCAAGGAGAUGGGCAAGAAUUUUACGACUUGCUCCGUGGUUUAGGCACUUGGGAAACGCAAGGGAUUUCGACUACGUUUUCAGUCUCGAUUGAUGGACAAACAGUUAGCCACAAGGUUGACAGAGGCGAGAUCCAUAUAGACGACAGCGAUGGGUUGUACAUCUACCUACCAUAUGACGAACAACGACGGGACGACUCAUACCUCUCUGUGCUUCCGGACUGCCUUGCGAAGUGGAUAAUGACGGAUCCUGCGGCAGACCAGCACGGACAAAUCAAUCCUAGUGUAUCCAAACUCGUUCAGAGCAUCUUGUACGGUAAGGUGUCACAGGUAAAUAGAUGUCUCGACCAACAAGGAAUCAUCGAAGUCUCUAUUCCCGAGCAGGUACACGAGGAUACACUCCCCGAAAUAUCCAGCCCUACGCUCGCAACCACUCCCACAGCCGUGAGCCCAUCUACUCCAAGAGCAGCUACGCCUCCGUCGGAACCAAGAACACCUAUUUUCGAUAUCGAGCAUCUUAGAUUAGACGCGUCGGAGACGCCAGCCACAUAUCCUAGGUCCUAUGGUAUUCCCAGUCCUGGUCUAAGUAGGACUCAAAGUCGCUCUCCUUUCGCACGGGAGAAUUUGUCCCCCGAGCCGUUCCCCGAACACGCUUCUGCACGCAUCCUCGAAGAACAGGCACAAGAAUAUAUCGCACUUUUAUCGCAUGUGAUAUCAGCAGGGAAGAGGAAUCGCGCCCUUACCGACACCAUCGACCUUUGCGGACUUAGGGAGGCGUUGGACGGUACCGAGCCGAGAACGUUUAGCGAGCGUGGCCUAUUUGGAACGGACGCGUUUCACUCCAUUGAGCGCGACAAGAAAGUCGGAGCUGCGGGUGAACUAUUUGUUUUCGAACUUCUACGCGCAAUGAGUCCGGCCCUAAGAGGUUUCACCAGAGCCAAUUGGACAACCACGAUCCGAAUGUAUGUGACCGCUCACGCGGACUAUGCAAACAUGGAUAGCUGUUCGGACAACGAGACAUCGGACUUGGAGUACGAAGACAGCCAUGGAACACUGACCGAGGUUUUUAUAAACCGGAAACACCUUGGGCCCCAAUGGCGGGGCCGCCAUCCGAAAUACUAUAUUGAAGUGAAGACGACGCCGGGAUCUAAGGAUACCCCGUUUUACAUGUCGGAUGCGCAAUAUAAGAAGAUGAAGAGGCUAUCCACAGAUGACUCGAUCUAUGUAAUUUUCCGGGUAUUCAACCUUUACACCACGAAAAUUGGCGUCGAUAUUUUGGUCGAUCCGGCUCGUCUUGCUGAAGAAGGACGCUUGAUCUUUACGGCAGGUAAAUGGACGGUGAGGCCUGUUUUCAGUAUCAAACGCUCAACGUAAAAGACGUAAGAUAUGUAUUAUUAGCGUUUGCACUGUGUGAAUUAUAUUUUGCUAUCUGUAUGAUUCCUAGUUAGUCACUUAGUAUGUAGAAUAUCCAACAGAAUUUCAACAGGAUUUUGAAAGUCUACUUUCUAAUCUCAAUAUACGAGUGAACUGAGAAUGAUGAUUCAUAAAAAAGGCAUAAUAAAGGGGUAUGAGAGGGCAGUGGCUGUGCCGUGCGAUUAAUGCCCCGCUUACUCAACCAUGUCGGCGUUUGUGGUGUACGUAAUAUUCCGAUAUCUUCAUUUUAAUUAUAUGGAGAACAAAGAGGCUGAGUCUCUUGACCGAAAAGGGGUUUGCAGAUAGAGAUAAGAAGGAAUGUGUACGAUCGUAAAACCCUCCGAAAGUAGGUAACAGAACAUUCCUUAUUGUGGCCCACGAUAAGGGGUUUACCGAACCGGUUAUAUUUUUGGUAGAGGACGCCGCCCCCCGGUAGGGCUGGCGCGGGCUUUCAUAUCAAAUGUCCAAAUACGAACUGACACCCAGAAUAUUGAAUAUUGAUGAAAAUAGGAACAGGAAAAUGAUCUCGGCU